AUGGGCCAGCAUAUUGGUUCAGAACCCACAUUGCCAUACUUGAGUCCACAGCUCACCGGGCAAAGAUUACUUGUUGGUGCCAACUUUGCAUCUGCCGGGAUCGGAAUACUCAAUGACACCGGUGUCCAGUUUAGGCUCUAUGAACUGGGAGCUCGUAGGGUUCUCGUGACUGGAACCGGACCGCUGGGUUGCGUCCCGGCAGAACUGGGCAUGCGCAGCAGAAAUGGCCAGUGUGUGCCUGUAUUGCAACAAGCUUCAACCUUGUUUAACCCCCAACUCACUCAGAUGCUAAACGGACUCAACAGAAAAAUAGGCAGUGAUGUCUUCAUUGCUACAAAUACACAACUAAUGCACAGUGAUUUCAUCAGCAAUCCCCAAGCAUAUGGAUUUGUUACAUCAAAGAUAGCAUGUUGUGGGCAAGGACCAUACAAUGGGAUUGGUCUCUGCACCCCUCUCUCCAACCUGUGCCCAAACAGAGACUUGUAUGCAUUUUGGGAUCCAUUCCACCCUUCUGAAAAGGCAAACAAAAUUAUUGUACAACAGAUCAUGACUGGAUCGACUGAGUACAUGCACCCCAUGAAUCUCAGCACCAUCCUGGCCCUGGAUUCUAAAGCAUGA